AGAACCACCAAGAGAACAGAAGAAGCAGAGCCCUCCGUUCCUUUGUACUUUAAAUCUGCAGAUUUUAGAAUUUAGUUUUAUUUUGUUUCGUGUCUCAGUUCGUCGCGUCUUUGUACAGUUUUUAAUUGUUCUUCACGCAGUAAAAAAGUUAUCUAUUACACUCAUUGCGUUUGCACGUUGAAUAGUCUAACCAAGCUGCGUUUGUUUUCAAAUUCCAUUGAUUCAUUUUGAAAGUUUAAAUGGCCAAUGAUAGAUCAUUGCGAAAUCUGCUAGCACAGUUUAAAAAUUGCACACAGAAGUGAACCAAUGCUGACGUGGAAGCUAUAACAGAAGUUUGCCUUCAUAGCCUGGUGGCGUUGUAGCUUGCUCUGCACUGCGCUGCACUGCACUGCCGAAGAAGAAGAACAACAAUGCGGAAAUACGCCAUUUUCACGAAGAGACGAUACAAGCCGGGCGAGGUCCAUUGUGAUCAAUUGUCAUCGUCCAUUGCCGAAGAAGACCUAGGAAAGGCCACUGUUUUAACGAGAGACGACAAAAGCCAGGCCAGUAUUUGUAUCUGGGACCAUGGGAUUGCUGUGUCUUGUACCACUGAUCCUCCUGAGUCAGCCUCUCCUCAUACAGUCUGUUUUUCAACAGGUAGAUGUACAUUGUGACCAUGCAAGCAAUGAAACAACAGCAUGCCUUCUUGAUGGUUCCUGCAGUUGGAAAGCUAACCUUGCGUCAUGUCAGACUUUACAGAUACAUUGCAUUGAACAAGAUGGCUGGGGAAAGGAGAGAUUCUGUACCUCAAGUGAAGAAUGUGGAUUCUCAAAUUUUCCAGACACUCUAAUCGGUGUUAUAGACUGUGAAAUCACAAAAGCUAAAAACAAACAUGAAAUUAAAUGUCAGCUCAAUGUGGAAUGUGGAUUUGCAAAGUAUAUCUGUGCGACUCCAAAAGAAUGCCACUGGAAUCCCAAUAAACAGUUCAAGGAAAUCAAUGAUGCACGAUGCGUCCUUCAGCACGAUGUGAGCCACUGCAUCAAAGUGAAUCCAAAAUUGAACUUGAUGGAAGACCUAAACUGCACUAUAACAUCUUCAAAAACCCCCCCCAACACUGGGACAGAGACAGGAGGUCAGUGUGAUAACAAGCCAUCAGAGGGACAAAAUCAUGGCUGUGUCACAAGUAUUAUUUUCAAUGUAAUACUGGGGAUCGUUGUGAUAGCGAUUCUCACAAUAUGGGGCAUCAUGAGGUGUAAAGGGAGAGACAGUGGAGGACUCUAGCUCCAUUCAUUCUGACAUUGAGGGAGAUGAGCAAUAUAUAAGCCCAUUUUGAAUUUGAUGCUGACACCACGUU